CCAAACCUGAUGGUGUGGCUAAAGUUAGCCCCCCGUGGGCUAGUAUAUAAGGCCCCAAGGCUCCAAUACUUACAUGUCAGUCACAUCGGCUUGGCGUAGGCUUCUCUUCUUGACCAACAACAACCCCACAAACUUGAGAGAUGGCACCCAAGAAGGCCAAGAGGAGACAGCAGCAGGGUGAGGGUGGAUCCUCCAAUGUGUUCUCCAUGUUUGAGCAGAGCCAGAUCCAGGAGUACAAGGAGGCUUUCACAAUCAUCGACCAGAACAGAGAUGGCAUCAUCAGCAAGGACGACCUCAGGGACGUGCUGGCCACCAUGGGCCAACUGAAUGUGAAGAAUGAGGAGCUGGAGGCCAUGGUGAAGGAGGCCAGCGGCCCCAUCAACUUCACCGUCUUCCUGACCAUGUUCGGCGAGAAGCUGAAGGGCGCUGAUCCCGAGGACGUCAUCGUGAGCGCUUUCAAGGUCCUGGACCCCGAGGGCACCGGCUCCAUCAAGAAGGAAUUCCUUGAGGAGCUCCUGACCACCCAGUGCGACAGGUUCACCGCUGAGGAGAUGACCAACCUUUGGGCUGCUUUCCCCCCUGAUGUGGCUGGCAAUGUGGACUACAAGAACAUCUGCUAUGUCAUCACACACGGAGAGGAAAAGGAGGAGUAAAUAUCCCUCUACCAAGAUCUCUACCUCCGUUCAAACCCAUACCCGCUCCACCAUCUACUCACUCCCUCUUCUCCAACACCAUGGCUUCCUUGCACAUGCUCGCGCCCCGGUCCUUUCUUUCCGCUUGCCAGCUCACUACAAAAAGACUUGUCUCCUUUAUUGAGAUUGAGACACAGUGAGAGGACUGAAGGCUGUGGGGGUGUUUGUGUGUGAGUACCAACAGGGGAACAUGGGAUUAUUUUCAAUAAAAAUAAUCUUGUGACACCGAAACACUCUCUCUAUCUCUGUCCCUGCCUCUUGUUCCUCCUCCUUUUCCUCCCAUCACUCAUUCUGUCCUUCUGUGUUGAGGCCAACAGUGCAUGCAUCAUACCUACACGCAGGUUGUAUGCCUAUGCAGUCCAGUGUAUACAGCGGUCAGUCAAAAAAAAAACUUCUCUUGGGUGCUGUGGUGCAUGCACAGUCACUUGCUUGAAACAAGUAAGCAGCCUGACCCAAGUGGUCUGUUAGUCUUAACCCGACACAGAGUGUUUAAUGGAUUUGUCCCUUCGUUUGUAUUGGAGAGGACUGCACAGUAAAAGAGUGGGGGUACUGUACUAUAAUAGUUUCCCUACCCCCACUCUUUUUUUACAUCUGUCUCUCCCUCGCUUAUACACAGGUAUAAAAGGAAAAGUUGCAGUGAAAAGAGGAAAGCUUGUUUUUUUAAAACUUUAAAUCUUGUAAAUAGAGAAAGAGAUGGUGAAAGAUGGUGAAUGGGAGGCAGGAAAGGAAUAAACAAAAGUAAAACAGCUUUGUUUUGGACUCUCCUUCCUCCCUCUCACUGCUGUUUCUCUCCUGUUGUUGUGACUGUGUCUAUGUCUCCACUGUAACAAAUAAAGAAGCACAAAUAAAAUCCAUUAUCUUUCGUA